UAGUCGAUGCCCGUAUUUCUAGCUGCUCGCUACACAAGCGGCAAGUCUGUUUCGUGAAACCGCCUGGUCGCUUAUUGUAUUGUGGAGCUUUACAACUGACAAGGAGAAGAUAUACACUCACCCUAUUGGUACAUGGAUACUCUACAGCUUGUCUGAUGGUUCCAUAAGGGGGAGAAUCCAGACAAAACACUACUUUCUUGAAUCCUGAUCCCAAACCGAUCCUGACAGCAUCAUCCAUUUCAAGUGUCUCCGAAUUACAGUCACACGACUGAAGCCAUGCCCUGCGUCCAAGCUCAGUAUGGGUCAUCACCUCAAGGAGCCAGCCCCGCUUCCCAAAGCUACAGCUACCACACAGGUGGAGAAUACAGCUGCGACUUCCUUACGCCUGAGUUUGUAAAGUUUAGUAUGGACUUGACCAACACUGAAAUCACAGCCACCACCUCGCUUCCUAGUUUUAGUACAUUCAUGGACAACUACAACACCAGUUACGACGUAAAACCUCCCUGUCUGUAUCAAAUGCCCCACGCUGGAGAACAGUCCUCUAUCAAGGUGGAAGACGUUCAAAUGCACAGUUACCAUCAGCAAAGCCAUUUGGCCCCGCAGUCCGAGGAAAUGAUGGCCCACUCUGGGCCCAUGUACUUCAAGCCUUCCUCGCCGCACGCUCCCACUACGCCAAACUUCCAGGUGCAGCCAAACCACAUGUGGGAGGACCCUGGGUCCCUCCACAGCUUCCACCAGAACUAUGUGGCGGCGACUUCGCACAUGAUAGACCAGCGUAAGAAUCCGGUGUCUAGACUGUCCCUGUUUUCAUUCAAGCAGUCCCCUCCCGGCACGCCUGUCUCGAGCUGUCAAAUGCGCUUUGACGGUCCUCUCCACGUCUCCAUGAGCCACGACAGCCCGGGAGCGCACCGGGGCUUAGACGGCCAAAGCUUCGCCGUCCCCAGUGCCAUCAGGAAACAAGCCGGGCUAACUUUCCCCCACUCUCUCCAGCUUGGCCAUGGACACCAGCUGAUGGACAGCCAAAUCCCUUCCCCUCCAUCCAGAGGAUCGCCGUCUAAUGAGGGUUUGUGCGCAGUCUGUGGAGAUAACGCCGCUUGUCAGCAUUAUGGAGUUCGAACUUGCGAAGGCUGUAAAGGCUUCUUUAAGCGCACUGUUCAGAAGAAUGCUAAAUACGUCUGCUUAGCGAACAAAAACUGUCCUGUUGACAAGCGCCGAAGAAACAGAUGUCAGUACUGCCGCUUCCAGAAGUGCCUUGUCGUCGGAAUGGUGAAAGAAGUUGUUCGGACAGCCAAUCUAAAGGGACGAAGAGGCCGUCUACCUUCGAAACCCAAAAGUCCACAAGAUCCAUCGCCCCCCUCUCCACCCGUCAGUCUUAUCAGCGCUCUAGUUCGGGCCCACGUUGACUCGAAUCCCUCCAUGUCUGGCCUGGACUAUUCCAGAUUUCAGGCUAACCCUGACUACCAAAUGACUGGAGACGACACUCAGCAUAUCCAGCAGUUCUAUGAUCUCCUGACGGGCUCCAUGGAGAUCAUCCGAGGAUGGGCCGAAAAGGUCCCCACGUUUACUGAUCUUCCCAAACAGGACCAGGACCUGCUCUUUGAAUCAGCCUUUCUGGAACUUUUUGUUCUGCGCUUGGCGUACAGGUCCAACCCGGCGGAAGGCAAACUCAUUUUCUGCAACGGAGUGGUUUUGCACAGGCUACAGUGUGUGCGCGGAUUUGGAGAGUGGAUUGACGCAAUUGCGGAGUUCUCCUCGAACCUCCAGAGCAUGAACAUAGAUAUUUCAGCAUUCUCCUGCAUUGCUGCACUCGCCAUGGUAACAGAGAGGCACGGUCUUAAGGAGCCGAAGAGGGUGGAGGAACUCCAAAACAAGAUAGUAAACUGUCUAAAAGACCAAGUUACUUUUAACGGCGGUGGUUUAAACCGUCCAAACUACUUGUCAAAACUUUUGGGAAAACUCCCGGAACUGCGCACGCUCUGCACACAAGGUCUGCAGCGCAUCUUCUACUUAAAACUUGAAGACUUGGUCCCUCCGCCAGCAAUAAUUGACAAACUUUUCCUUGACACCCUACCCUUUUAAAACCCCAACAGACAAUUUCACACGACCUCAAAGAACUUCCACGGACUCUGAGUAUUCCUGUCGCAUUUUUUUUAACAAUCGGCGCUCUUUUCCCCUUAACUAUUCGCAAGCCACGCCAAGCCUCCAAAUAGCGAUCAAGGAUCCAUAAAUGACCAUGCAGAAGAGGAUGAACAUAAAGACCAUCAACAGAGUGAUAGGUUUCCAGCUCUUCUGCUUUGUAGGCUACAAUCUCUCCUGUAAGAAAAUGAACAACCUAUACAGGGAAAGUUAUUCACAAAUGAUUUUCUGUAUCUGAUCUGGAAAGUCCAUGAUGAAGUUAAAGAAUUUCUUGUAACUGCUAUUCCUAAUUAUUGGCAUCUAUGUAAACAGUUAAAUGUAAUAUAAUCCAUUUAUAUAUACAUAUACAUACGAUAGAUUUAUGUGAUGCGUCCAAAAACGCGACUUUAUAAGAUGUGUAUAAAGCUCGUAAAAACCUUUCAUUUGUUUUCUUUUAUAACGUGUGCCUAUGUGUCUGUCAGGAUUUCAAAGGAAGUAUUUGGAAAAGGCAACGCAUGUUGUAGGAUUUUUUAUAGGCACUUGCUAUUGAGGUGAUGUCUAUAUUAUACAUUAUAUUCCGGACACUAUGUAGUCUGCUAGAUUUUAUAAAAAUUCGUAGUAUGGAACAACUUUUAUGUAUGACACAUGUGAAAAAGUAUAUCAUCUGUAUAGGUAAAAAGGGACCCAUCGUGUUUGUAAAACUGUCAGACAUUCCUCGUUUGUAUGUGUUGUAUGUAUUGUUGCUGUUUAAUAUAAACGUUUCUAUAUUUAUUAUUUUGUUGCCAAAAGCUACAUUAAGCAUGGUGCAAUUUUAAAAUAAUUUCAAACAUUAUUCAUUAUUAGCACGUUGUCUUUGUUUUCCUGUCUGAGAGACGUCUAAGCAGUUAUGACAUAAUUUCCCAUCUAAGAUAAAAGUAUGUCAUAUAUAUUCAUAUAGGUUUGUGCUGUACAUCCACUGCCUUUUUCUAUGGUGUAAUUGAGUAUUGCAAUGCGUUCGGUGCCGAUUCCGAAAAAAAUCUCAAUGAGAAAGAAAUAUUUAAUGUUUACAAAUAAAACUUCUAAAGCA